AUGUCGCAUGAGUGUGCAGCACCGAAAUGUAAUCGUGUAUUUCGUGGUCUAUGUGAUUGUUGUCAACAAAAUCUUUGUCUUCAACAUUUAAAUGAACAUAAUAGUGCACUUAUCUCACAGUUAAAUCCUUUAACUGAUGAAAUAAAUGCACUCGGUGACCGUCUCAAAACAAUAGAUAUCGACGAGAUCAUUGGCGAUUGUCGUCGAAAACUUGAGCAAUGGCGAGAUUAUUGUCAUGAAGAGAUUGAAGAGAUUUUCGAACGAAAAUGUCAUGAAUUUGAUCAACUUGUGAAUGAGAAAGUAAGUCAACAACGUGAAAGACUCAAUCGAUUACAAGUAAAAAUGAUGGAAUUUAUUCGUGCACAAGAAAUUACUUGUCAAGAUAUCGAUUCAUUGACAACACAUAUUCGAGCACUUGAAAAAAGUUUAAAGAAUAUUGAAGAUACAUGUUUUAUGAUUCAUACUCGUCCAUUAUUACUCAAUGAUCAUAUAAUAUUUAUUAAGAAAGCACAUAAACAUGAACUUGAUCUAACAAGUCUUUCACUUGUCUGUAAAACAAUUGAUCGUCCUGAUGGUAGUUUUGCAUCAUUGGCGAGUAAUGAUCGAUAUUUAUUGAUACAUCAACAUCCAAAUCUUACUAUACUUGAUCGAGAGAUGAAAAUAGUUAAACAAAUUCUAUGGACAAAUGAUGCAAUCUAUGAUAUGUGUUGGUCAUCAACAUUAAAGAAAUUUAUUGUUAUUGGAGGUAAAAUUAUAUUUUUAAUUGAUGAAAAUACAAUGGCAAUUGAUAAUAUGAAAAUACCAAAAGAUCGAUAUUGGCAAUCAUGUACAUGUUCUGAAACAUCAUUAUUUUUAUCAACAAAUGAAUAUACAUCAUCUAUUGUUGAAUUUAGACUUUUACCAUCGAUAAAACUUAUUAAAGAAUGGAAAUAUCCUCUUACAUGUGCUCAAGAUGAAGUUAUUAGUGGUACUGUUUACAAUGAUGAAAAACUUGCUUUGAUGAUUAUGAGUGAAACUGAGAAAUCAUUACGUAUUGAAUUAAGACAUGUAAAAACACUCGAUCGAAUUUGGUCUCUUCGACUUGAUAUUGUAUGCACUCAAAGUAUAGCAUUUCGUUGUUGUUCAUUGACUUGUGAUCAAUGGCUUGUAUCUGAUUAUGAAACAAGACGUCUAUUACAUAUUACAGAAAAUGGAAAAGUAAAGAAAGCAAUUACUUACAAUGCAAUUCCUUAUCGUGCUAAUCUAUUUGGACAUAUGUUAGCUAUAUCAAGAAACGAUGGAGUUAACUUACAUAAACUCUAA